GGAGAAAGCUGCCGGGCGGAGGGGGAUGGCCUCGGCCCCUUCUCCCUGGAAUCGCUGUCUCGGACCCCCUGGCUGCCCGCGGCGAGGCUGUGAGAUACCAGCCUGUAUUUAACACUCGGCAGCCGGGCGCAGAGGGGACAUCACGGGAACCCUAGGCGGUCGAUGAGGCGGAGAGGAGGGGUGCCGAUGGGAGCCUUUCCCCCGGUCCGCCGAGGGAUGCUCGCCGAAAGCAGCGAAGCCGCGGGAGGCGGAGCAGGGCAGCAGUGGGCAGCGCUGCCCCCGCGUUGCCUUUAAGAACAGGGAGCGGUGUCCUGGUGCCGCCUAAAAAUAGCGUGUCCCCGUCCCGCCUGGGUCCCGUGUCGCGCCGCAGUGUCCCUCUCCAGUGCCGGAACUGCGGCCACCUCCCUCCCGGCGGCUGGCCGGGGGCUGCAGACUCCAGGUGAGAGCCGGAGGAAACGGGCCCGAGCUGGGCAUAAGCUCUCUCGACCCGGUUUUGGGGCUCCAAAACCACCUCCGUCGCCGAAAAAUCGGUGUCAGCCCCUGCAGAGCAGCUGGGAGUACGGGGAGGAGGCAUCGCGUCUACCCGUGGAAGUGGGGAGAGUGCUCCGGGGUGCCUGUAAACGGGUGCUGCUAAGGAGCAGCGGUGCCCAGGGCGGGCAGAGGGACGUGUCGCCACCUUUGCCUGGCAGGGACACCUACGCCCCUCUGUGAGCUCUGUCCCCCGGCAAGGCCCCGUGGCUACCCCCGGCACCAUGGUGAGGAAUGUGGAUGACUUCGACUUCUGCCUGCCUUCACAUGCCCAGGGCAUGCUGGAGGGGCUGCAGCGACUGCGUGCCAACCCCAAGCUGGCAGAUGUGACACUGGUGGCAGGUGGGCAGGAGUUCCCCUGCCACCGCAGCAUCCUGGCCCUCUGCAGCCACUACUUUCAUGCCAUGUUCUCUGGCAACUUCGCUGAGAGCACCGCAGCACGGGUGGAACUGAAGGAGGUGGACCCUGGCACCCUGGGGAUGCUGCUCGACUUUGCCUACACAGGGAAGGUCACCAUCAACCAGGGCAACGUGGAGAGGCUGAUGCAGACCUCCAGCCAGCUCCAUUUCCCCACUAUCCAGAAGGUCUGCAGCCGCUACCUCCGGCAGCAGAUGGAUGCCACCAACUGCCUAGGUAUCUACGAGUUCGGCGAGAGCCACGGCUGCCCUGAGGUCUCCUCCAAGGCCUGGUCUUUCUUGCAGGAGAACUUUGAAGCUGUCUCUCUGCAGGAGGAGUUCCUCCAGCUCUCCAAGGAGAGGUUAGCCAUCUGCCUCUCCAGUGAGCAGCUGCAGGUGCAGGAAGAGCAGAGCCUGGCCGAGGCUGUGCUGCGCUGGGUACGCCACGACCCGGGGCCCCGAGCCCAAUUCCUGCCCGAGCUGCUGGAGCUGGCCCACCUCAUCUCACUGCCUGACCAGUACCUGCAAAACCUUCUCGCUACCGAGCCCCUCAUCCGUGACUCGGAUGCCAGCAAGGCCCUCAUCAUCCAAUCCUGUGCCACGGGGCAGAGCAAUGCUAGUGCCUGGAAGAAGCCCCCAGCCUCACCACAGAAGCUAGAGGAGGUGCUGGUCGUGGUUGGCGGACGUGUGUUGGAGGAGGGCGAGGCUGAGGAUAUGGGGCUGGAGGUGCCAGCUGCCCCCAGGAAUUUUGCCUUCUACAACCCCAAAAGCAGGCAGUGGGUGGCUCUGCCUGACUUCCCCGAUUACAACAAGUGGGGCUUCUCCCUGGUAGCCCUGAACAACGUCGUGUACGUCACAGGUGGCUCCAGGGGGUCCCAGAAUGACACCUGGUCGACGACCCAGGCCUGGUGCUUCUGCCCCAGGGACGGCACCUGGAAGCCCAUCGCAUCCAUGCUGAGAGCUCGCACCAACCACACCAGCGCCGUGCUCAACGGCGAGGUCUAUGUCAUCGGGGGGACCACAGUGGAAGUGGUGGAGGUGGAGCGCUACGACCCCUACAACAGGAGCUGGUGUGCCACCAGCCCAGCCCUCAAGUACGUCAGCAAUUUCGCAGCAUCCAGCUGCUUGGGCAAGCUCUACCUGGUGGGCUCCUGUGCUGUCAAGUACAACGCCCUGACCCUGCAGUGCUACAACCCUGUCCAAGAUCUGUGGAGUGUGAUCACCUCCCCCUUCAUCCCCAAGUACCUCUCAGCCCCACGCUGUGCCACCCUGCAUGGGCUCAUCUACCUCAUCGGGGACAACACCAAGAAGGUCUACGUGUACAACCCAGAGGCCAACCUCUGGCAGAAGGUAGUAGGAUGCAGGCCCCAGCCCAAACACCCUCCUGGGCAGGUGGAGCUGUUCCCUCCCUGCCAGCACCCCCCAGUCACACAACCACACCUUCUCGUUCCUGCCCCCUCCUCCGGCUCCAUUGAGCCCAGCAGAGCUGUCGAUGCCCUGAUCCUUCCUUCCCUGCUCCCUGUCACACCCACACGAGGGGCAGGGCUGUUGCCAUCUGUUGUUCACUCAGCUGUGGUCAUGCUGCAGAAGCCCACAGGAUCCCCAUUUCCAGCACCCUCAUCCUAUGGGCUUUGCCAGGCUCCUGCCUGCAGUCUGGCAAGGUCCCCCUGUUCCCUUCACCCCUGAAAGCCUCUGCACAACUCCUGCACA